UGAAACCGAAACACACUCGGACCGAAACCCCACAACGUCCAACUGCGUCUAUAAAUUAUAAUUGACGAAACAAAACAACGACAGCCGUACAAUUCCUCCAAUACUCGUUUGAACCGUUUACUGGCGGUUUAGCUUAAACCUUUACUUUACCCACCAACCGAAUAUUCCUCCCGAGUAUUCCAAUUGUUUUCUUCUAUAUAACCCACACACCAAAACUCACGAGAACCCAAAAAACCUGCAACAACCAAAGAAACCCCGAAAAACCAAAAUUCAGAGGCUCUCGGAGAGCAAGAGAGACAAACCAAAAACCACACACAACACAACCAUCAACCUACAGAGCCCAAAAUCCCCCCAAAUGUAUGACACAUUGAAGGACUCCUACCAACUGUUUGAAGAAAUCGGCCGCGGCCGAUUCGGCACAAUCAUCCGAGCUUUCUGCCCCAACUCGGCCGAGUUCGUCGCCUGCAAAAUCAUCGACAAAUCGGGCCUCACUGAUGCCCAAGACCGCGCCUGCCUCGAGAAAGAGCCCAAGAUCAUGAGCCUUCUCGCUCCUCACCCCAACAUUCUCAAGCUCUUCAACGUCUUCGAAAACGACGACUCUUUGGCCAUGGUGCUCGAGCUCUGCGAACCCACUACUCUCUACGACCGGAUCAUCAAGCGCCCGCUCUCCGAACCCGAAGCCGCCUCCAUCAUCAAGCAGCUUCUCGAAGCGAUUUCGCAUUGCCACAGGGUCGGCGUCGUUCACAGGGACCUGAAGCCGGAGAACAUUCUGUUCGACUCCAGGAACAAUUUGAAGCUCGCGGACUUCGGGUCGGCGGAGUGGGUCAGUGAGGGAGGGUCCAUGGAGGGCGUGGUGGGCACGCCAUACAGAGCGUACAAUGAGAAGGUCGAUGUUUGGAGCGCCGGCGUGAUGCUGUACAUAAUGCUCGGUGGGAUUCCGCCGUUUUACGGUGAGUCGGCUUCCGAGAUUUUCGAGGCCGUUUUGAGAGGGAAUUUGAGAUUUCCUCCGAAAGUUUUCCGAUCUGUGUCUCCGGCUGCUAAGGAUCUGUUGAGGAAGAUGAUUUGCAGAGACGUUUCCAGGAGAUUCUCCGCUGACCAGGCACUUAGGCACCCAUGGAUCUUAAGUGGUGGAGAGGCAAAUCCAAUAGACUGAUCUGACUUGGUUCGAAGAUAUCAUAUAAAAGCGCACCAGUCAGAGCCAACCCAAGUACAUAUAACAUAUAUCCCAAGUUCCCAACCAUGUGAAUAUAAGCGAGCCCACUUUCCCUCUCUUAGAGCACAAAAACCCUGAUGUAAUGGAUGGAUCCAGAGACCCCCUCCCCCCUCUUCCAAUCAAGAGCUAGAAAAAGAGAAAUAGAAGAUCAGUCUGAGAGAAAGAUGCCCCUGCACAUGAAGCUCUUGGAAGGGUUUUUCUUUUUUGUUAGUUUUUUCUCUUUUUUUUUUUCUUCAAGAAAAAAAGAAAAAGAAAAAGUUGUGAGAGAAUCUGAGAUUGUAGAUACGUAUCAUGGGGUUUAUGAGGAUCCUGUCUUUCCCCGCCUUCUCUGGAUUUUUUUUUGGGUCAGAGAGAGAUUAGGAAGUGAGAAAGCAAAACCACUCCCAUCCCAUAGGCUACGGUACUUUAUCAUCUACUCUUUUUGAGUGUAAAAGCAUGUUUUGUGUACGGAAAAUGUGUGUGUUUUGAGUUGGAAUCUGAGUUUCUUUCUUUUUGUUUGUAUGGAGAUUGGAAUCUGAGUUUCUUUCGUCUCCCUUUCCUGGUGGAAUAAAACGUGUCUUUAAUGUAGGCAUUUCGGUAUAUGCCUUUAAA